CAGCGGGAUACUGACUUCAAAUUACCAAUUGGAAAAAAUCAUUGAACUUUGGCGGGUUAAAGUUGUACUCAAUUGUGAAACAUUUGAACACGAUAAGUAAGGUAUAUACCAAUUCUUUGGAAUUACAUACAAACAGGUUUGAAGUUAUGCGUUCGAAAUAAAAAAUUUGUGAUAAACAUUAUGUUAAUUAAAAAUAGUUGUUUAUUUCCACUGGUGUAGUCAAGUCGAAUUGCCACACCAUUUUUACAAUGGACGACUUGAAGUACAUGAGCGGUUUUGGAUCGGAAUUCAAAUCCGAAGAUCCAAGAUGUCCGCAGUCCUUGCCGAAGGGGCAGAACAGCCCGCAGAAAUGUCCAUAUGGCUUGUACGCAGAACAGCUUUCCGGAACGGCGUUCACCGCGCCCAGAUUAGAAAACAGGCGCUCCUGGUUUUAUCGCAUUCGCCCUUCGAUCGGGCACGACCCCUUCAAACCCUUUUCCAAUAGCAACGUGCGAUGUAAUUGGGACCAACAGGAGCCCGAUCCUAAUCAGAUGAGAUGGAUGCCCUUUGAUCUGCCCAAAUCAAAUGAGAAGAGGGAUUUCGUUGAAGGCUUGAACACAAUCUGCGGUAGUGGAGAGAUUAAGGGCAAAAAUGGGUUGGCGAUUCACGUUUACGUUUGCAACGUCUCCAUGAACAACCGAGCAUUUUACAAUGCCGACGGCGACUUUUUAAUUGUGCCCCAGAAAGGAACGUUAAAAGUUACCACGGAAUUUGGAAAGCUCCAAGUGAGGCCUAACGAGAUUGUGGUAAUUCAGCAGGGUAUGCGAUUCUCGAUUGAUAUCGAUGAACCAUCGCGUGGGUACAUCCUGGAGGUGUUCGGGAGACAUUUCUGCCUACCCGACUUGGGCCCAAUUGGUGCCAACGGUUUGGCCAACGCUCGCGAUUUCUUAACCCCCGUCGCCUGGUACGAAGAUCGCGACGUGCAGUAUGAGAUUAUUGGAAAGUAUCAGGGCAAACUGUUCGUCUGUAACCAAGACCAUAGUCCUUUCGACGUAGUUGCUUGGUUUGGAAAUUACGUACCGUAUAAAUACGACCUGGCAAACUUCAUGGUGAUUAACUCGGUCACGUUCGAUCAUUGUGAUCCGUCCAUAUUCACCCUGCUCACCUGUCAGUCGGAAAUGAAGGGGACGGCAAUUGCCGAUUUCGUAAUAUUUCCACCGCGUUGGUCGGUUCAGGAGCAUACAUUCAGACCGCCCUACUACCAUCGAAACUGCAUGUCGGAAUUUAUGGGUUUGAUUUUCGGCAAUUACGAGGCAAAGGCCGAAGGGUUCCAGCCCGGAGGUGCCACUCUGCAUAGCACCAUGACUCCGCACGGCCCCGAUGCGCAAUGCUUCGAGAUGGCCUUUAAUGAAGAAUUAAAACCAAAAAGAGUAGCUGAAGGGACUAUGGCGUUUAUGUUUGAAACUUGCAUGGAGUUAGCCGUCACCGAGUGGGGUGCCAAAACGUGCCAAAAGUUGGAUUUGGAGUACUACAAAUGCUGGAAAAAUAUCAAGAAGCACUUUACCGGACCCGCCCAUUGAUUAAACACCUAUAUUGUUUAUAAUUGCCUACGUUUUAUAAUUUUUUAUUACUUAAUUGUUUGUUUAUUCGCUAUUAUUAAUUAAUCCUGUU